AAGUACAGCUUACGCAGAACCGAAUGUGGUAACGUCAUGCGCGACGUUCAAGACGGGAAACGAUUUCGUCAACUCCAAGCACGAUACGACGACCUUGUCAUUGUUAUGCAUAGUGACGGCGCAGUUUUGAGUAAAAGUACCAGCAAAAAAUUAUAUCUCAUGUUCACUCAGUGUCUGAAUGUACCGCUCGGGCUUCGGCUGCCGAUAUGGUUUUUGCAUACCAUCUGGGCUGGCAGUGAACUUCCGAAAGACCGUGAGCCAUUUUUGAUGGAGCUCGUGCGACAAAUCCAGUUAUCUCAAAGAGAAAAUGAAAACUUUGCACCGGUUUGUUGGAGUGACUGCGAAGGCGUUACCCACGAGUCCCAAAUAUUGCUACACUCGUAUGUGGCUGACACUCCUGAACGGUCAGCGGUAUCGGGACAGCUAUCGCAUAGUGCUAAGCAGUCGUGUAUGUACUGCUUGCAAAUUGGAGUUUGCAUCAACCACAGAAUAUGCUUCGCUUUCAAACCCAAUGCGGUUCUAAAAACUCACGACAAGUUGCAAGAAGCGGCGUCAGUUUGGGAAACAAUGAAUACCAAACAAAGACAGAUUGCUCUUAAAGAGCAUCUCACGUUCGGCAUGAAACGCCCUACGGUGCUAUCGCAGAUUGAAGGUUUUGACCUUGUCGAAGGAUUUGUGUUGGAUAUAAUGCACCAGUUCGAUGAAGGCGUUACCAAGUACUUACUGGGACAGUUAUGUGAACAGGACUCUGUCUUACGCCUUCCCAAAACAAAAAUUCAACAAAUUAACGAGCAAUGGAUGUCCGUUGUGAUUCCUGGUCAUCACAACCGACCACCACGAGAUAUUCUUGAGUAUAAAAGGAUGAAAGCACAUGAGUUAAGAUUUUUUAUGCAGCAUGCCGCGCCAUUUGUGUUAAGAAACAUCUUACCGGAAAACGUUUACAAAGUUUUUUGCCAUGCUUCGCGUGUUAUUUGGCUGUGCACGAAAGAAUCUAUCACGACAACUGAUAUCAACGAACUUCGAACUCAGUGCCAUGAUUUCUUAAAAUCAUUUGAAUCAUUACUUUGGAAUUUGCGAGAUGAAAUAUUUUGUCCACUUGAUGCAGCAUAUUCCAUACGCGGUUGA